AUGUUGGGAAAGAGCACCCUCAUUAAUGGAAUCGCCAAUUACGCACUCGGAGUGGAGUUUGAAGAUGACUUCCGCUUCAAGCUGGUCGUGGACGAUGCGAAGUCUCAAGCCCAGAGUCAGACGAAGUGGAUCACAGCAUACGUCUUGAACAAGCAGCCAGGAUUUAUUUUGCCUUAUACAUUAACCCUCAUCGAUACGCCUGGGUUUGGGGAUACUGACGGCAUCCAAGCGGACGAAGAGCUGAGAGAACAGAUUAGGAAAUUCUUCUUGAAUGGUGGGAACAUCGGCGUUGAUCAACUAGAUGGGAUCUGCUUUGUUGUUCAGGCUUCCAUGCCCCGGCUGACACACACACAAAAGUAUAUAUUCGACUCGAUCUUGUCGGUGUUCGGUAAGGAUGUCCAAGAAAGUAUAUACGUGUUGACCACAUUUGCGGAUAGCAAAGAACCGCCCGUCUUGGAAUCCAUCAAGAAGGCAAACAUUCCUCAUGAUGGACACUUUAAGAUUAAUAAUUCUGCUUUCUUUGCUCCUCCAAGUGAAGACCCAGACAAGUUCGACCUGACGUGCUGGGAUAUGGGCAUACACAAUCUGAAAAGAUUCUUCAAGAAGUUUCGUAAGUCAAAGCCUGUGAGCCUAACUCUGACCAAGGAAGUUUUGGAGGAGCGGCGACGCCUGCAAACAGUACUCCAGGGAAUCCAACCGCAAAUUACCGCAGGUUUGGGUAGAUUGGAGCAACUGAGGCAAGAACAUGCGGCUCUGAGACGGUACGAAGCAGAAAUAGAAGCCAACAAGAAUUUUAUUAUCAAGGUGAACGUCCAGAAGCAAAGGAAAGUAGAUUUGGCAACUGGUACGUACGUGACCAACUGCUUGAGAUGCAACUUCACUUGCCACUAUCCCUGCAUGAUCCCAGAAGACCAACUGAAGGAAAGAUGCUCUGCAAUGGCCAUGAAUAUGGAGACAGGCGAAGUGAUGCAUUGUGCGGUCUGCCCCAACAAGUGUUCGCCAGAUGAACAUGUUAAUAACCCAUAUCGAUUCGAGUUGUAUGAGGAAGAAGAGACGAGAACCGCUGAAGAGUUGAAAAAGAAAUAUGAGGCCGCAGCCGGGAAGAGGUUGGAUGCGGAAGGGAUAGUGAAGGAAAUCAUCAAGGAUUUCAAUAAGGAGAGGAGCAAAAUUCUUGAACUGAUCAAAGAAGCACAUCAAUGUUUACAGAAACUCGACAAAAUAGCCUUGAAGCCAGAUCCUUUGGGCGUAACCGAUUACCUGGAUCUCCUAAUACGGACCGAGAAAAGAGAAGCCCGACCUGGAUAUGCCCAGAGGAUUAAAUACCUGGAAGAUACACGAGCCAAGGCAGAAUUGUCAGAGAAGCUCAGGGAAGACUUCGAUCCAUUCAGGGAAUACAUGAAGGAGUUCGAGGAAGAGGGCUUCAACAUCUGCCUCUUCGAUCCAGACUCUGAUGUCGAGGAUGCCGAAAAUGAAUCAUACAGUGGAAAUAGAUAUGAUUGCCUGAAGUGCGUGGAUGCAUUCAUCUUUACGAUCUAUGCUCUGGUUUUCUUCGAAAAUUCAUUCAAGCCGAGCGAUUCCAGCAUAAUGCUCACCGCCCGCCUCCACCGGAACUAG